UCUGGAUGACGUGUGCACCUCAAUACUAUAUAAUACACUGCUAGACAAUACUCCCGCAGUUCUACGUGAAACCAAGAAGGAAGACGAAUUUGUGCUACAGAGCAGGUUUUCGCCUCACUUAUCAGUCGUGCAAACAUGCAGAUCUUUGUGAAAACCCUCACUGGCAAGACCAUCACCCUUGAGGUUGAGCCCAGCGACACCAUUGAAAACGUCAAGGCCAAAAUCCAGGACAAGGAAGGCAUUCCGCCUGACCAGCAGAGGCUGAUCUUUGCUGGCAAGCAGCUGGAAGAUGGCCGCACCCUCUCCGACUACAACAUCCAGAAGGAGUCCACCCUCCACCUUGUCCUGCGUCUCAGGGGUGGCAUGCAGAUCUUCGUGAAGACCCUCACUGGCAAGACCAUCACCCUGGAGGUUGAGCCAAGUGACACCAUCGAGAACGUCAAGGCCAAAAUCCAGGACAAGGAAGGCAUUCCCCCCGACCAGCAGAGGCUGAUCUUUGCUGGCAAGCAGCUGGAAGAUGGCCGCACCCUCUCUGACUACAACAUCCAGAAGGAGUCCACCCUCCACCUUGUCCUGCGUCUCAGAGGUGGCAUGCAGAUCUUCGUGAAGACCCUCACUGGCAAGACCAUCACCUUGGAGGUUGAGCCCAGUGACACCAUCGAGAACGUCAAGGCCAAAAUCCAGGACAAGGAAGGCAUUCCCCCUGACCAGCAGAGGCUGAUCUUUGCUGGCAAGCAGCUGGAAGAUGGCCGCACCCUCUCUGACUACAACAUCCAGAAGGAGUCCACCCUCCACCUUGUCCUGCGUCUCAGAGGUGGCAUGCAGAUCUUCGUGAAGACCCUCACUGGCAAGACCAUCACCUUGGAGGUUGAGCCCAGUGACACAAUCGAGAACGUCAAGGCCAAAAUCCAGGAUAAGGAAGGCAUUCCCCCUGACCAGCAGAGGCUGAUCUUUGCUGGCAAGCAGCUGGAAGAUGGCCGCACCCUCUCUGACUACAACAUCCAGAAGGAGUCCACCCUCCACCUUGUCCUGCGUCUCAGAGGUGGCAUGCAGAUCUUCGUGAAGACCCUCACUGGCAAGACCAUCACCUUGGAGGUUGAGCCCAGUGACACAAUCGAGAACGUCAAGGCCAAAAUCCAGGAUAAGGAAGGCAUUCCCCCUGACCAGCAGAGGCUGAUCUUUGCUGGCAAGCAGCUGGAAGAUGGCCGCACCCUCUCUGACUACAACAUCCAGAAGGAGUCCACCCUCCACCUUGUCCUGCGUCUCAGGGGUGGGCAGUAAAGAAAUAAUUCGAUACAAUUCCAUUAAUGUUGCUUCCUUAAAAUAAACAGGUGAUGGUAUAAAUGCCUUGUUACAAAAUUGUUGCCCACUGCUAAGGUUUUAACCUUUUGUGACCAAAUGUUGCAUAUCAAUAAAGGAUUAAAAUCCA